CAGGAAGCUGGCUGCUCGCCCCAUUCGCCCAGUGCAAGAGACCGCCCAGCGGAGUCGCUGCAGCGAUGGGGACGGCCACGAGCGCGGACUACUUCCAGAGGGGCAGCCUGCUGUGGUUUACAGUCAUCACCGUCUCUUUCAGCUAUUACACGUGGGUUGUCUUCUGGCCUCAGAGUGUCCCUUAUCAGAGCCUUGGCCCCCUGGGUCCCUUUACAAAGCACUUGGUGGCCCACCAUCACACACUGCUAAGGAAUGGGUAUUGGCUUGCUUGGCUGAUUCAUGUGGGAGAGUCCUUAUAUGCCAUGGUGUUAUGCAAGCAUAAAGGAAUCACAGAUGGUCAGGCCAGGUUCCUCUGGUUCCUACAGACUUUCCUCUUUGGCAUAGCUUCUCUUUCCAUCCUGAUUGCUUACAGACCAAAGCGCCAAAAACACAAUUAAAGGAGAUAUCAAAUUUCCUCUCCACUUCUUCAA